GAGAUUUUUUUUGACAAUUUGUUUACAUUUUGAGUACAAAAUUCUUUUUGAGACAAAAUAAUAAAAAUUUCUCAUUGAAUCUUUAGUGGAAUAUUUAAAUCUCGUGUAGGGUGAUAAUCCUAAUUUAGAUGAACAUAUCAAAAGGGUAAUAAUGAGAUGGGAGUGCGAGCUCCAAAUGGGAAAGUUUACCCGAACCAGGCUCAGCGGCAUCUGCUACGAAAAUUUAUUGCAGAAAAACAGGAACAGUGCAUAGAAGCUGGUAUCAAACCAAUACGAUUCAAAUUGGUGGAUUUUCGAAAGUGGGCUCCGGAACUUAAUAAAUUGGGUCCUCCCUUACGUUCUGCACCCAAAUGGAAAAAUUGUUGGUUUUAUCAUAAAAAGAAAAGAAACUUCUAUGAUUUCUUUUAUGAGAAAUUACGACAAGAUAGCCAUGCUGAAAAGGAGGUGUGCGGUGAAAAACUUUCCAAAAAAAGAAAUGUUUCGGGGAAAGUACAACAGAGAAAAUUUAUAGAGUUGCUAAAACAGAAGCGACAGGAAAGCAUAGCAAAGGGUGAUGAAGUUACCAUUUUAACAACACAAGAUUUCGAAAAUUGGACUGAAAUUCUAAACAAACUAGGGCAGGAAUAUCCUGUUGAAAAGUGGAAAAUGACGUGGAAAUGUAUGAAACAACGCAAAAAAGCUAGUUUACAUUUUAAUCCAGGUGAUUUCAAAUAUUUCAAAGAGGUUGGUUGUGGAUCAUCAGAUGAAUUUUAUUUGAGUGACGAUGACUCAGCAGAAGACAUUGAAGACGUGCUAAUCAAAGAGUCCAACAAUAAAGAUGAGAAAAAUAGACAAAUAAAUUCAUCCGAAGAUGCUAUUUUAUUGGGAGAUGAUCUCAAUAAGAUUUACCUAAAUCUCUGUAGGAUUUGUCUGAAGAAGAGAAAAAUAAUGAAAUGUUUUAUUGAAGGAUCGUAUAUGAAUAUAUCAUAUUUAGACAUAUAUCAUGAAUGCAUAGGAGAAGCAUUCAAAUUAUACGAUUUCUGUUCAAUGAAAAUUUGCGAUCUCUGUGAGAAAAGUCUCAUUAUCUCAUAUCAAUUCAGAGGAAUAUGUUUGCAAACGGAUACGCAAUUGUCAUAUAUUGAAAAUUACAAAGAAAAAUCAUUAAAUUCUAUUGAAAAUACCUCAGAGGAGGAGUUUAAAAUGCAAAGAAAACUGAUCUCUGAAGAAGAAUCAGACAUUAGUAGUGAACUGGAAGCGUUUGAAGAAAAAUCCAUUCCAGAGGAAAUUAUGUUAUCAUUGGAUUCUCUGAAAGAGAAAAACAUAUUUUUGGAUAUGGAAAACCCAUUGCAGGAACUUCAUAAAGGAUCUCAAGAUGCUGGGAACAUCAUAAAAAAUAUUCCCGAAAACCAAAAAAUCUUGAAAAACAAAUCUUAUACCAAAAAUCUGAAAUUAAAAUCGGGUAUAAGUCAAAUAAGCCCAAACGACUCAAACAGUGACAAAGAAAAAGAUACUGAUUCGAAAAGUAGUAAUAAUGCAAAAGAAGUUAAUGAUUUUUUUAACCAGACAGAUUCUUUAGUUAAAACUCGGAGACUAGAGAGAGAAAGACCUAAUAAAAAACAAAUAGCUUUACUUCGUAAAUUGGUUUCUGAAAAACAAGCAAAUUGUAAAAGAUUUGCCGUUCUAGACGAUCGACCAGUAAUUUCUGAUUUCAAGCGCUGGACUUCGCAGUUAAAUGCUCUUGGUCCUCCAAAACGAUCUUUACAAAAAUGGAAAGAUUGUUGGUUUAUACACAAAAAGAAAAAGAAUGGAUUCUUUGAGUUUAUUAACAGAAGAAGAAGAAAAAGUGAAAUUGGAAUUGAAUUAAAACGUAUCAGCAAUAGUCCAAACGCACGAGGAAAAAUGAAUAAGAAACAACUAGAAAUUUUAGAAAAAUUCAUACAAGAAAGAAAGACAAACAGUACGGGAGAUAAAGUACAGAUCUAUACAAAAGAUUUCAUAGAUUUACGAAAGACUUUAAACAAACUUGGACCACCUUAUAGAACAGUCAACGAAUGGAAAUAUACAUGGCGUCAUACAAAGAAAAAUGCAAAGAAAAACCCUAAAAAUAAUUUUGCUAUCGAUGUUCAAGAACUCGGAUGUGAAUCUUCAGAUGCGUAUUAUUUCACUAAUGAAUCUUCAGAUUUUAGUAGUGAUUCUGAAUUACAAACUACGUCUAGCAUCACAGGUACCAACGAAAAUUUUGGAGAAAAUAAGGAUUCAUCUGAUUCUUGUACAGAUUAGGAAAUUGUAGGGGAGAGCGGGGCUAAUAAAGUCACUUAAGGGUUUGGAAAAAGCUUAAAAUAUCAUAUUUCCUAGCUAGAUAGAACAAAAUGAUCUGAAAAAGAGUUGUAGGGUAAGAAAUAUCCUAAAGAAUUGAGCUAUACAUUUUGCUUUAUCUGUUGGGAAAAUAUGAUAUUUUGAGCUUUUUCUAAACCCUUAAGUGACUUUUUUAACCCCGCUCUCCCCUACUGAAGAUGAGUUAUUAAAAUAUUUAAAAAUAUUCCUUCGUUUUUUACCAGACGUUCAGCUGUCUGAUAUAGGGUCAAACUUUUAAGUUAGUCUUUGCUAAAAAUUUCCUGAGUGCUUCACAAGAAACACCCCAGCAUGGCUUAUACAUUGUUGAGGUCCAAAUUAGGAUUUUUUUUUAUAAAUUACUUGGUGAUCGCUUUUUGUGAAGGGAAACAAUUCGUUCGAAAUAAAUUAGACAUCCUUCUUGUUAAGAUUUUCUUAAACAUAUUCCUGGAAAUCUUCUACAUCAAUUCUCUGCCAGACUUUCACUAUAAUAAAUUCGUUUUGUGGUAAUUUAACAUGAUGUGCCGAGAUGCCCAACCUCCAUCGCCAAUCAGACUCAAGUUUGUACUGACUGGAAGUUGCAUUAUACCCGCCCAAGUUAUAGAGAAAGAUAGACACUAAUUCCUUUUACAUAUUUUAUAGCGACAGAUUCUAUCUUUUGAUUCACAUUUCAAAUGAAAAAAAAAUCUCUAAAUUAAUUAUUUUUAUUUUGAUGCGAAAACUAACGCAAUGGCACAUCAUAUUACAUAGUUGCUUCCUUGCGCCAAAUUGAACUACAUUGGGAUUAUGUAAUAUUUCGCCAAUGCUGUUUACAAAUGGAUAAAUGCGUCACACUUAGAAGUUCUACUAAUGCUGUUGGAUAUUUUUGGAAGAGUUCAAUGCAUUUGUUUGAAUUCGCAAUUCGGGAAGUCUUUCAUUUUAUUUCAAUUAUUUAUCGUGGAUUACUCAAACAGUAUUUAUAGCCAAUCAAAAGGCUUAAUUUUAAAUUUAUUCUCUCAUAUUAGAAUCCAAAAAUAUUAUUUGGAUGCGAAUCAGAUAUUUGCAAAUUGGCAGUGGCAUUCUGCUAUACACUACAUCUUCCUCCUCAGUGUUUUGAUAAUGUUUAACUAAUGCUAAUGUUUUAGCUGUGAUUCUUUCGUUUUUUAAAAUGAUCAAAUAUGUAUUAUGUUACCAACUUUGAAUUAAAUAUUAGUUAAUAUUUCUAAAUAACG